CAAACAUAUGACGCAUAUGACCGCACAUGAAAUUGAUCCUAUAACCUCUACAUCAGCAAAUCAACAAGUACUACUGUUCUCAUGUAAUGCUUGGUUGUGCUUGUGUACGUGUAUGUUUCAUGUGACCUCAUUAAACAACUGCUGCAUAUUAAAAUGCUGAAAGCAGUGAUAUUGAUAGGGGGUCCACUAAAAGGGACUAGAUUUCGCCCACUCUCACUAGACAUACCUAAACCACUCUUUCCAGUGGCUGGGUUGCCUAUGAUUCAACACCACAUAGAAGCAUGUGUUAAUGUUCCAAACUUGAAGGAAAUCCUCAUUUUAGGUUACUACCCUACCUCAGAACUGACUCAGUUUGUAGCUGACAUGGUUCAAGAGUACAAAGUAAAUAUUCGAUAUUUGCAGGAAUUUACUGCUCUGGGAACUGCUGGAGGGCUCUAUCACUUCCGAGAUCAAAUACGAUCUGGAAAUCCUGAGGCAUUUUUUGUCUUAAAUGGAGAUGUUUGUGCAGAUUUUCCAUUGGUUGAAAUGCUACGUUUCCAUCAAGAAAAGAAAGCAUCACUGGUAACAAUUAUGGCAACAGAAGCAACACGGCAGCAGUCAGUGCAUUACGGUUGUAUCGUCCAGGAUCGCGAUACCUCAGAAGUAACGCAUUAUGUUGAGAAACCGUCAACAUUUGUCUCAACACUUAUAAACUGUGGUGUUUACAUCUGCUCCAUUGAGAUAUUCCAGACAUUUGCUGCAGUGUUCAAUACGCGUCAGCAAGAAUAUUACAAUGAUGCAAGUGGUAAUGGGAACAGGAAGGAAGCUGCAGUUAUCUACCUUGAGAUAGAUGUCCUGAUGCCAUUAGCUGGAACAGGUAGAGUGUUUGCACUUCAAACCAGCAACUGGUGGUCCCAGCUGAAGACUGCAGGAUCAGCAAUAUACGCUAACAGACACUACCUGGAGCUGUACCACUCUCGGCACAUGGAUCGACUUGCUCAGGAAGACUUUGUGGGCGAGAAGGAAAAGGAAAAGGAAAAGGAAAAGAGAUGUAACAUAAUAGGAGAUGUUUACAUCCAUCCCACUGCCACUGUGCAUACCACUGCAACAGUAAGGUUACAAUAUCUUGGUCCAAAUGUAAGCAUUGAAGCUGGAGCUGUGAUAGGUCCUGGUGUGCGUAUACGCGAGUCCAUCGUGCUGAGUGGUGCAACAAUUUUAGACCAUAGCCUUGUCUUGCACAGCAUUGUAGGACGUGGAAGCCAUGUUGGACAGUGGACAAGAGUAGAAGGAACUCCCUGUGAUCCCAAUCCCAACAAACCUUUUGCAAAGAUGGAUAACCCUCCACUUUUUAACUCUGAUGGAAGACUGAAUCCUUCAAUCACAAUUCUAGGCUGCAGUGUGAAAGUACCCUCAGAAGUGAUUCUUCUCAAUUCCAUUGUUCUUCCAUACAAGGAGCUUACUCGCAGUUUCAAGAAUGAAAUUAUUCUCUAAGCUCCUUUUGACAGGUCAGGGA